GCGGUUAACCAGCUCUAAUAAUAGAUAUAGGCUCAGGAUUCCAUUUAUAGCCUUAUCCCUAUCUUGUGCAUGUCGCUAGGGAGCCCGCAAGCGGCUAUAGACAAUGCAAUUCGGUCGCUCAUCCAAUCUGUGGGUCGAUUCAAUGUUGCGGCCAACCGACUGAUGGAUGGGAUCGAGGAGGAAGAUAGGUUCUCACUAUCCCUAGGAGUCAAGAGGGACGUGGAGGAUUUCAUUCGUAGUUGUCAAUUCAACUGUACCGGCAGCUUGUACUGGACUCUCCGUACGAAUAGGUACGGUGUUCGGUGUGCUCCACGGAGCUCCGAUGGUGGCGUUAUUUUGCAUUUAUGAAAGCGUUUGGCUGUAUUCCAGUUUGAAGUUACUACAGCAGGAAGUUACAAUGUAAUAUAUUGGUUUGAGCAGAGAAUGUGUAAUAUUAGGGUUUCAUUCACCAUUUGUUUACUAGGUAGUAUACAUUCUUAUGCGAACUUGAUUUUCUAGAGUCACUGGAACUUUCCCCU